AUUGUGCCGUGCAUAAACACAGUGCUGACCAACGGUAUCACAAUGUCCUGGGUUCCUUUGGGUAAGACCCUACUUCGAAAUGUAAUCCGACACACUGAUGCACACAACAAGAUUCAAGAGGAGUCUGAGAUGUGGAAGCUCCGUGACAUGGAAAAACAAGCCACAUCUGCUGCGCCCUCAAAGCACAGAUUGAAAACAGAUAAACAUUUGAGCAGGGGCCACAUGCAUUGUGACAGAUACCUGGAUGAAUCUGCAGUGUCUACUCAAACCAGCAGAGAAGAGAAAGAGGCACGCUACUGGACACGAAAGCUGUAUGAAUUUGAGUCCAAUGAUCCUGACAGGUGGGGACAUAGUGGUUUCAAAGAGCUUUAUCCAGAGGAAUUUAAAACGGAUAGUGAAGAGGGUUGUACUGAUGAGGAGAAUAUUCAGCGCAAGUUGAAAAAGUGCAAAAGCAGCCGUGAUUCAGAUAAACGGAAACGGUCAAAGAAAUCAACCAAGAAGAAAAAAAAGAAAAAGGAGAAGAAGAAAAGAAGGACGGCAGGAUCUGACUCCGAGUCCUGUAGCAGCACGGAGGACAAUGACAAGAGGAAACAAAAAAGAAAAAGUGGAAAAAGCAAGCGGAGGAGAAAAAGGACAGAUAGGGGGAAGGGGAAAACAGAGGACAGCAGCACAAACAACAGCGAUUCAGAGGAGAGCAGAGAAACAGGAUCAAGAACACCCAGGAAAAGAUACAAAAGUGACACCGACGCUCCGUCAGAGCCUCCGAAGAAAAGGAGGAAAGACUGGAAAGUAGGGAAUGAGGAGCGAUCAGAGGAAAGCUCAGAGGACUGAAUACUCUGUCUGUUUGUGUGGCUCAGUGGGUCUUUUUUCCUCUGGACCUUAAGUUCACUAUGGUACUUUGCCACCUGUUCAACUCUACUGUGUGGUACAGCCGCUGAGCUCAUACACAGGGUUACAGGUAUAUAUUAGAAGGACAACAGGACAGUGAAUCUGUCUCUUUUUGCACUCAAAACUAACAAGAUUCAACUAUGGCGGAGUUUAAUACCUCUCUCGCACGAGCGUCUCUGUGCUCCGUCUCACAGGGUGAUUAUAAAAUGAGAGAACACACA